AUGGAACUUGGCACUCCUUCAUCGGCCAGCGCUUCAGCUUUCUCAGAUGCUGUUGAUGAGACUUCCAUCCGUCUCCUCCGCUUCUCCCAGACUCCACACGGCGUCUUCGUUGGCGAACUGCGCAAGUUCCCCAUCGCCGGUGCACCUCACUAUUACACUGCCAGCUAUGUAUGGGGCGAGCGCAAGUAUACUGGAGUGACAGUCGAUGUGGAAACUGGAAGAAUUCCCGUGCUCGAAAGCCUUGUGCCAUUCCUUGACAUGGUCACUAGACAUCGCGACUUUCGAGGCAUAGAUUGGUGGUGGAUCGACUCACUUUGCAUCAAUCUGGAUGACAGUCAUGAGCGUGAGAAGCAGGUGCGCAUCAUGGCAGACAUCUACAAAAAGGCGAAAAGAGCCAUCGUGUGGUUGGGCGAAGAGAAAGACGGCGACAGUGACUGCACCGACGCCAUCGACUUCAUGCAAUACCUUUCCGCUUUACAAUUCUCCUUCAAUGGAAACGACAUCGCAAUGCGCAGGCAGCUGCAAAGCCCCGAGUUUACCAAUAAGUGCGCUGCUGUGAGCAGCUUGCUAGCUAGACCUUGGUGGACGAGGGUGUGGACAUUGCAAGAAUUCGUCCUCCCGAAAGAGGCGAAGCUCUACUGUGGUACCGCCAGCAUCAGCCGCGGCAGGUUCAAGAAGGCGAUUUAUAGAAUUUUCCUUUGUAGCACCAUGAGUCAAGAAUUCCAACAUGAGCUUGUACCACGAAAGCUGUUCGACGGCGCAUUCAACCGCCGUCGUAUCCAUCAAUGGCAUACCAAGCCAGAUUCAAUCGGCAUCAACCUAAUUGCCAUUAUGGCAUACUUGGGCAACCACUCAGCAACCGACAGCAGAGAUCGCAUAUACUCCGUUCUUGGUCUCAUUACCGAACAAGAUAGAAACCUCGUGGGGCCCGCCGAAUACACUACUGACAUCGUGUACCAGUUCGCGAGGCUUGUCCAGUCCUUUUGGAACGUCCAUAAAUCGCUCGACAUUAUCUGCUUUACGCAUUUGUUCAGUCGCAGCGCAGCAGUUAGUGAUUUGCAUGCUGAAAAUGCAACACCUACAUGGACUCCCGAUUGGAGGACGACCAUCGAAUUCGCCUCUCCUGUGCCGCUCAUGGCAAGCCAAAGUGCAUGUGAACAUGUUGGGAAUUUCAGACCGCUGCGCUCAACACGCUGGAAAGCCAUAUAUGAUGCUCCUGCAAUACGACUGAGGAAACAAGCGCAGGUCUCUUUCUCAGACGACCUGAAGGAUCUGUACUGUAACGGCGUCGUAUUAGAUACGAUUCACGGGCUGGGUGGCCUUAACGGACAGGAAUUACGAUGCCAAAGCUUCGUCUGUAGAGAGGCUGGACAUGAGCUGAUACAGUCGCAACAAGAGCAAAGUAGCGCUCCCAGAGCCACCAUGCUACCUAUGGAUUGGCUCGGAGCUGUCGCACGUUCCUUGGUCAUCGACCGACAGGACAAGUACCUGUGCUUUCAAGCGCCCGUCCACUACAUAGCCGAAUUCCUCUUCCUUUGUCAUGCGUGUAUCGAUGGCGACCCAGUAGACUGGAGCUUCUCUACAUGGUUUGACCAAAAUAAGAAGCUGAGACUUGGUGACAUGUUACUAGAGGAUCUCGUGAGACAGGUACCUACCGAGUUCACAUCCCCACCACCGACACUGCAUCGGCCACCAUCUCAUCCCAUUCACCAAAUGGACGACAAACUGAGCACCUUUCUCUCGCGCUUCCAUGAUACUGUACGCAAGAAAGCACGCCGAUUGAUGGUCACGGAACGAGGUUACAUUGGUAUGGCACCGUGUCGCGCAAGGCCUGGCGACGUUGUCGCUGUCCUAUUCGGGUGCAGCAUCCCGCUUGUUUUGAGGAGGGAAGCAUCUAAAGAUGCCUGGCACGUCGUAGGUGAGGGUUUUGUGUAUGGUUACAUGAAUGGCGAGAUUGCAGACCAAGUCAAGAAUGGGAAGCUAAGUGUGCAGAGGCUCAGACUUACAUGA